UUACAAAACAAUUAGUCGUUGAUCAAGUUCCGAGUGAUAAACAUGGACUUUAGUGAUGUAUAUAACUCUGAUGUCAGAGUGAAGAAGGAACCAGAUAAUGUUUCCCCAAUUAAAAAUGAAGAUUAUAAGAUAAUUGACAAUGCAUGCGAUGCUAAAAACGACGAAUUCUCGAGUUUUUGUCGAGAAAAUUUAAUUUAUGGGCUUCGUGAAAAUGAUGAAAAUUCUGGACCUAAUAACGAUUUGGAAAUAGAAUUCGAAUGUAAGGACGAGAAGCUCGGCAUUAAUUUAUUUGUAAUCAAGAAAAUCGAGGACGAUUAUCCAGAUCAAUGGCAGCAUAUGAAAAAUAGUUGCAAUUAUCAGACUCCAAAGAAAAUUAAAGAAGAAAUUGUCGACAAAGUAAAAGAGGAAUUGAAUUUGGAUGGUGAACUCAGUGAUGCAUUUGAUGCAAAUGAAAAAACAUUUGCUCAAAAUAGUCAACGCAAAACCCCAACGGAUAAGGCACGCAAUCGUACCAAAUAUCCAUGUAAUAUAUGCGGUAAAAAAUUUGCACGAAAAAAUUAUCUUAAGGUCCACAUCGAUUCAGUACAUAAUGGUCACUGGAGAUCCGACAAGUUCUUAUCAAAACAUUUUUCACUAACUAAUUUAACACUUCAAGUACCUAAACAGAACCAGGUGUUUAAAAUAAGUGACAAGAAUAGUUUGAGGAUAGGAAGCUUCUGGGGCAUAUUCACAUAA